AUGCGCAAAAGCUGCCACUAUUCAACGUAUUGGUCGGCGAGCAGACAGCAAAUAGGGGAGUUGGCUCCGACAAACAACAACAGAAAAAUGAUUAGUGCGAAACGAGGCGUAACAUAUAGGUCUAGAGGGCUAGAGGCUACGGAGAAAUAUAGGGCACGCGUGAAAUCUAGGCCAGCCCCAAGAUUUCCGUCCCUAUUCUCCUGUCUGCACUGCACUCCACAUUUAUCGUUAUUGUGA